AAUUCACCAAGGCAAUACAUUUUAGCUAAACAAAAAAAUAAGAGAAAAACAAAACUUUGUAGGUGAAUCGAUGUCGUUUAGAAAAGUAGAGAAGAAACCAACCGAAAUGGGCCGUCAAAUGACACACGAGAAGUCGGACUCUGACUCAGACAACGAAGGAACCCCCAUGACGGCUGGCGGUUACACUGAAUUCGUUGCCCGCAGCGACUCAGACUGGGACGAACCUUUUUAUUCUGGCAAAGCCCGUUCUAACCUCACCACCAAGGAAACUGGUCCCACCAAUAGCUACAGCCGCAAACAUUUCUCUAAUAACUGAUCAUGUAAGAGAUGGGCUUGGCAACGUAAAAGUGAGAAAUGAAGAUAUGCAAGCUCAUUAGUUAAAUAAUGCCCAUAUAACUUAUGUAUUAUGUCUGAAUGUCAUAAAUAAGAAUCCAAGGAUGGAUGAUGCCGCAUGAACAUAUCAAUGAUUAUAGUCUCAUUGGUUUCAUGCGGUUUUAUACAAAGCAACUAUGCAACUAUGGAAUGAGAAGAAUGUUACAUAACUCUAA